GCUUGCAUGUUGAAUACUGAGGCACUCAGAGGAACCAGCUCAGAUGCAGUUUCAUUUAGACACAGACAGAACACGGCGAUUAUAAACCAGUGGAUAGGAAUUGCUUUGUGUUUGACACACCUGGAAAUAAACGUGUGCUUCGGAAUAUCGAAACAGUCGAUGACAAAGAGCUGGAAGAAGAUUUUGUUCAAAUCAGUAACAAGUUCUGUGAAUUUAUUUACACAAUGGCAAUGAAGAAAACUGUUUCUGGUUUUGGGAGCAAAGUGGUCACUGGAACAGAGUUUGCACAACUGUUGACCGCAUACAUUGACCUGUUCAGGCGAGGAGAGCUUGCAUGUCUUGACCAAGUUGUUCAGUCAUUGACAGAUACAGAGAAUGAAAAAGCAGUGAAGGAAGCUGAGGAACUGUAUGAAGAGCUGAUGGAAAAACUGGUCACUCUCCCAACGGAAACUGCUGAAGAACUGACUGACUUUCAAUGGACAAGUGAAGUUCUUCAAGAAUUUCAAGAUGAGAGAAUGAGUGAACCUGAAAACAUUCGUCUGAUGGAGCAGAACCUUAUGGAUAUUUACAGGGAAAUGGAAGACUCUGUAAAGAGGGAAAGGCUUCGGAAAUCCGAAGUUCAAGAGACUGAGGAUUCAGUGUUCAGAAUUCUCUUGAGGCUUCAGUAUCUUCUGCCUGAAAACCGAUCUGCUUGUUUAAUGAGGAAAUAUCAGUGGCCUAACAGCAACUAA